GGCUGAAGCAGAAGAAAAAUUCCCCACAUUCCUGCGCGGCGAGAAACGAGCAAGAAUAAUGGUGAAGCAAAUAUUGGCCAAGACGGUCGAACUUGCCGACCAAGUCACGAAGGCUUUGGACGUGGCGGUUGUGAGUUCCGAGGAGAAGGAGUGGGUCCCCAAGCUCAAAUCCAAGACUCGAAUGUUGGCGGGGCUGCUCCGCCAGUUCCUCAGCCGUGACCUCUCCGUCCUCGAUUCCUACGGUCGCCUACAACGGCUCGUAAUCAACGGCGUCGAAGGAAUCCUCAGCAGGUUUCUGUCCAAGCUGCUCAAGCGUUGUCCUGUCAAUUGCACUGUCAUUGACAAGAUCAAGCUUUGCUUCACCCCCACCACCCCCUUAUCUGACUUCCGCAAUAUCCCUAGGUUACUCGACAAUUCAAUCCAAGAUGUCUCGUGGAUUCUACAUCUCAUUUGGAACUAUGAGUACGAGUACUCGACGCUGCCUCCAAUCGCAUCUAACGAGUUGAUUCUGUUCAUUAUUUGGGAGCAGAUUGCUAUUCUUCGCCGCGAGCCUGUUUCACUUGAAUGUCGAUCUGAUGCGGCAUGUGCUCUCGGAUCGCUUGUCCGGGACGACUGUCGAAAUGCGGAGUUCAUUGUUGAGGAAGGUGGAGUCGAACCCUUAUUGAAGUUAGUCCAAGAGGGUACAAUGGAAGAACAAGAGAAUGCUGCCAGGACCCUUGGGCUGCUGGCACUUGUUCGGCAAGGUGUCGAACGCAUGAUACAUGCGGGCGUGUUUAAAGUGUUCGCAAAAAUCCUCAGAGAAGCCCCCACGAAAGUUCAGGUUGUUGUGGCCUGGGCGGUGUCUAUGCUCGCAGAUGAACACCCCGAAUGCCAACAUGGUUUUGCGCAGCACGAUGUUGUCCCCUUGCUCGUUAGCCAUCUCGCACCUGAAACUGAUAGUGACGUCAAUGUCAAUGACGACCAUGCCACCAUGGCCGAAAUGAAAGCAAUGGCAGCAACAGCACUUUGGAAACUAGCCACGGGGAACUCAGUCAUUUGCCAUAGCCUCUCGAACUCAGGAGCGCUAUUAUAUUUCGCAAUGCUAUUGGAAAAGGGUUCUGAAGAUGUUCGAUUCUACUCUGCCAAGGCAUUAAUGGAGAUCGCCGCAGUGGCAGAGAAUAAUGCCGAGUUGAGGAGAUCAGCCUUGAGUUCAAAAUCUCCGGCUUGGAAAAAUGUCGGUGAUCAAUUACUAAUAAAGAUCACCGAUAAGGCAGAUCCAGAGCUCGUAACCAUAUGCAUCAAAGCUGUUGGGAAUUUGGCAUGGGCCUUUGGGGCAACAGAAACAAGGAUGAUAGACGCAUUGGUCGGAUUUCUACAAGAAACAGAAGAUGAGAUGUUAGAGGCUUGCAUUGCCCUCACAAAAUUCGUACGUCCAAACAACUAUUUUCGCCAUGAUUUUUCCAAGCAAAUAGUACGUGUUGGAGGGGCUAUGCAAUUAAUCCAGCUUUUGUAUUUUGAGAGAAGGAUUAUUCAAAUUCGUGCCUUGGCUCUCAUCUGCAACAUUGCACCAGAGAUUGAAGAACUUACACGGGAUGAGAUGCUCACCGCGCUUAAAUGGGCGUCGAAUCAAUCUUAUAUGACCCAAGAUGAAACGCUGAACACAUUGUUACGGAAGGCUAAGAGUAGGCUGAAUCUUCCUCAUCAGUCCAGGGGCUCAAGGGGAUGCCCUUAACUCAAUCAAUGUGUACAAAUGAUUCGAAUUUACAAAUUCUUUAAUCAGAUGAAUAAAAAGCCUUUUUUUUUUGUGUGUCUUGGGCAGUGUCUGAGCUCGCGGAUAAACAACCGAAAUUCCAAGACGGUUUUGCACUACACUCUGUAGUCCCUUGCUGGUUAAUUAACCGUCUCGCAUUUGAAAUUGUUCAUGCGUGCAUACUAACGACGAGAACAAGACUAAUUGCGAUGUA